AAAAGAACCAUCGUCGCAAUUAAUGGCUGGAAUUAAUGGACUGGAAAUGAGAGUGUUUGCAUUUAAAGCACUGCUGUGUGGUUUUGUGUAGAGGACCAGUGUAGUCGCUUUAGUGGAGAUAGAAAUAUUAGUUGCCGAAAAAAUACAGAAAAAAAUUGUUGCAAAAAAAUUUACAUAAAAAAUAUGGCUAUGCAUCUUUCGUCGCAGUAAUAGUGGACAUUAUUGUCUAUGCAUUUUUGAGGGCAGUAAACUUUCUAGCUAGCAGCAUCGAUAGAUUUCAGCUAAAGUGUAGAACCUAAACCUUGUUGCGGAAAGAUGAACAAUGAAGGUAACUAAUAUAUGAUGAAUGAUGUGUCAGUUCUGACAGAUCAAUUCUGUUGAAUAUUCUGAGAUUUAGGAAAAAAUAAUUUACUUAUUAUAAGCAGACCUUGAUGAUUUAUUUCUUUGUGUUUUUGUUUCGAAGUGCAUAAUGUUGAAGUGAUUGUUGGUGGUUCUUAGUAGCUUUCGUGUGUUUGUGUAGGACACAAUUGUGAGCGAUAUUGUGUUAUAACAGCCUUUGUGUGAAAUUGGCUUUGUCUUUGCCGAAACCAUUGUUGAUCAUUUAGUGUUGUUUAUUUGAAAUCCCUGAACCAUUCGUCCAAGAGUCAUGUUCAGCUGGAAUACAGAAGCUGUGAAGAGAAAACGGAGAAGAAAUAGCUUUAUGUAGAAGUGAGGAGGAAAAACGCGGAAGAAAAGCUAAGUCUGUUAAGUUUUAGAUCCAGCAAAGAAACAGAAAAAAAAGCUACAAAAGAAAGGGCAUGUAUUGUCUAUGAGAAGAGGGUUGAAUAACAUUGAAACCACCUUUUGGAAAAAGUUUUGCUCCCUGUAUAUCCGUCUUUUCUGGCCUCUAAUAAUUUGGGAGUUGGCCCUAUGGCACUACCCAAGCAGUAGGUGUUGGUGAUGGUGGGUAGUAACACCCCACAGGUUUCCCGUCAGAGCGAGCGACUCCAGCUCUUGCUGUACAACUCUUAACACACGUUCAAGUGCCAACUCCAACAACAUGCUCCAAGUGCCGGAAAUCCGAGCUCCUGACGACGACGAGGACGAUGAUUCCUCAUCCUCAGGACCUCAGUUAACCAUCACUUCCCCUCCCAAUGUCCCGGACUUUUCCCUCCAGGUACCCACUCAGGAACCUCCUGAAGGUGGCGGUGGAUUUGUUACUUUGCAAGUUCCAAGCAUGGACGGCGACCCUCCUUUCGCUGGACGAUUGGAGCCACCUAAAACGCUGCACCUGUCCUUGCCCCCCAUGGGCCAACCAGGGUUACCAAGUCUUCUGCAGGUGCCGUCGGCAUACCCUCGUCGAAGACACUCCUGGAUUUGUGGGUAUGUAUCAGAGAGGGAGACUUUAGUUUUUUAUUAGAUAUGAUUUGGGGAUAUGUAUUAGAGAGAGACCUUGGUCGUCUUAAGUAGUGAUUUGGGGAUAUGUAUUAGAGAGAGACAUUGAGGAAACUUUAAUUUACUUAAGAGGUGAUUUGCGGAUAUGUAACAGAAGGAAACUUUGAUUUUCAAAGCAGGUGAUUUGGGUAUAAUUAUCAGAGGGGGAGACUUUGAUUUGCAUAAGAGUUGAUUUGGGAAUAUGUAUCGGAAAGGAACUUUGAUUUUCCUAAGAGUUGAAUUGGUGAUAUGUAUCACAUCAUGAGAAGCUUAAUUUAUUGCCAUGGAUUAGGGGCCGAAAAUGUAUCCAAAGAUGAAACGUUGCUCUAUGAAUAUGCUUUAUAGGGUAAAAAAGAAAAUUACCUACUUAGAUGUAUCGUAACGUAAGUUAUUGACUUUUGGGUAUAUCCUAAGUUGUGAAAAUGCUGCUUUAUGAUUUGUAUGAAAAAAAAAAAAAAUUAAUUAACUUAUAUGUGUAAACGGAAUAAAAUACUGCUUUUUGAAAAAUCAUUGAUAGGUAAACACGCCAAUUUGUAUGUAUCAGAAGGUGAAGUCUUCCUUAGUGGUUAUAUAUGAAAAUGUGUAACACUGAUUUGUGGAAUGUGGCGUGGUAAACUGAUUCAUGGUCACUUGCUGAAAGUAGAACACUGGUUUUUGGGCAUUUUAAAGAGCCAAAGUUGGUUGUGGCUGUGUAUCAAAGAUCGAUGGGUAAACGCCGGCUUUUUAUUCUAUACAGAAAGUAGUUCUUCUAAUAAUGGGUAUUUAGAUGAGCAUUAAACAUUUCUUGUUGAAUUUCAGUGUUCUAGCGAUUCAAUCUAAAAUAUUACAUCUAAUCGUGAUGAACGAUUUUGAGCAAAAACAAGUUUCUUAAUGCUUCUUUACAAAAUUUCAGAGAAUGUAGUAGGCAAUUUUGUGGAGAGUUGGAUAAAACUUGUGCGAGGCAAUUACUGAGGUGUAAUUUGUGUGUUUAGAGUUCGUGCUUGCGUGAGUCAGUUCAUUAGUAGCGCGGUUGGCCAAUAACAGUUUUAUCAUUAAAUGCAAAUAUUACUAGUAAUAGAAACAUUUUAGGUUGCAAAACACGAACUCUCUCUCUCUCUCUCUCUCUCUCUCUCUCUCUCUCUCUCUCUCUCUCUCUCUAGAAAACACACACACACAGAAUCUAAUAAUACCACUUCAGUUUCCCUCGGUCUAGGGGCUCAGAAAAGAUCUAUAGAGUUUGACGUUCUCAGAUACCUUUUCCUUUUUCAAAAUAAUAUUUUUUUUCAUUGGAAUUUGUUCAUUAUUUCAGGCAAAUCAUUAUUGUGCAUUGGAAUAGGCCGCUAAUAAUAUAAAAAGUAUUUGGUUCAUUAUUGGAUAUUGUUUAAAAUCUAAGUAAUAUUCCUGACUUUGACAAACAAAAACACACUGGUUCAUGUAAGAAGUAAGUUUUACUCUCUCUCUCUCUCUCUCUCUCUCUCUCUCUCUCUCUCUCUCUCUCUCUCUCUCUUGCAGAGGCGUCAUCAAUCAAUCUACGUAAAAAAUAGGGUUUAUUGAUGUUAUAACUGAAAGGAAUGUGUAUCAUCACCGCCACUCUGAUUUGCAAGGCCGAAUAACAUGUUGAUGCGAUAUACGCAUUAAACUAUGUCUUUUUAACUUGAAUGUACUUAUUGUUUUGUUUGUUGUAAUCGCGUCGAUAAUACGCGUAGAGAACUUUUGAAUAACUGACCCUGAUGAGAUGUUUGAAAAGAAAUUUUCCCAUUUGCUUAACGUUACUGAUUUUGUUUUAUAUAGCUUUUUUGGGUCACCUGUCCAAUAUAUUACUAGCUACCUUUUUGGUUGUCUUAUUUCCUAAUAGAUUCUUACGUUAUCCAUAAGAAUCCAUUAAAAAUACGUGUUUAGUGAAGUUAUUCUUACAUUUAUGAAAUAGAAAGGGGCCGACCUUUGAAAUUUGGAAGAAUCCUUCGUUGUUGAAUCUAAUCCACUUUCUUACGGAAUAUUAUUAGAAAUAUCUCGUACAAUAAGCGAUGGCGUAGUCUAAGUCUCUCACUAUUGAAUAAUUAAUCCUGAUACAAAGACUCUGAUCUACUUCUUUGAUUAAUGCCUUUGGGCAGUUUUUGCUGUUUUCAAUCAGCCUUGGUUUGAUUA